AUAACCAUAGUUACAUAUAUAUAUUAAGCCGAUCCCUUUCCGCGGAACAGGCAUUGCACUUGCACUGAGGUAGCCCCGUUGCAGCGUCUUCAUUAAUUUGCAGCUAGCUAGCUACCACUCAAAAAUGGCAAACGGUGGGGAGCUGAAACAGGUGGCAGGCCUGCUUUUGGGCCUCAAUUUCUGCAUGUAUGUCAUUGUUCUUGGCAUAGGCGCAUGGGCAAUGAAUAGAGCUAUUGACCAUGGCUUCAUCAUCGGGCCUGGAUUUGACCUUCCCGCACAUUUCUCACCCAUAUACUUCCCCAUGGGGAACGCCGCCACCGGCUUCUUUGUCAUGUUUGCUCUGAUCGCCGGAGUCGUCGGGGCUGCCUCGGCCCUCUCCGGAAUCAACCAUCUCCGGUCGUGGACCAUCGACAGCUUGCCGGGGGCAGCAUCAGCUGCUGUCAUUGCCUGGGCUCUUACUCUCCUUGCCAUGGGUUUUGCUUGUAAAGAAAUAGAACUCCGCAUCAGGAAUUCUCGAUUGAGAACAAUGGAGGCAUUUAUAAUCAUCCUCUCAGCUACACAGCUCUUAUACAUUGCAGCCAUUCACUCAGCUUCAUCCAGGAGAUGAAACUUCCAAUUCUCGUUAAUUGUGCGGUGCUUUCACAUCCUUUUUUUCUUUUUUUUUGGGGGUGGUAUAUCUUGAAUCUUUCUAAUUAUUUGGGAUCAAUGUACAUUGAGUUGGGAGAUUGUUGUAUUAUUAGUGUGGUGGUGUGAUUGGAUUGUCUGUAUGAAAUUAAUUCCUUUGAUUUAUUCACAUUUCAAA